AUGGCUCCAAGUGUAGACCCUGCCAUUCUGAAGGCGCUCGGCUUGGAUGCAGAGAAGACCAAGAUGAGUAGCCAUGGCGGCUCGGGGUUUGCGUCGACUUUCAAGCUCUGGGGAACUGUUAGCGGGGAUGAGAAGAUAUAUUUUGUCAAAACAGGCUCGGGAAAAGAUGCCGAAACCAUGUUCAGAGGUGCCAAAUGCUUCUGCUCCCCCACACGAGAGCAUGCAUCCCUGAACGCUAUCCAUUCAGCCGUGCCCGACUUUUGCCCAGCCUCAUAUGCAUACGGGACAAUGUCCUCGGAAGGGCGAUUCUUCAUGGCCACGGACUUCCUGGACCUCGGCGGCCGCGGUGCAUCAGGGACCGGCAAAUCACUGGCGGCCAAGCUCGCCCAGCUUCACACAACACCAGCGCCGGUCCCCAAGGGGUUCGAUAAGCCCAUGUUUGGCUUCCCUGUGCCGACUUGCUGCGGCUCUACGGUACAGGACAACAGCUGGAAGGAGAGCUGGGCCGAGUUCUACGCCGACAACAGACUGCGCCACAUCCUCGCCGCCGGGAUCAGGACCAACGGGAAGGACGCGGAGCUGGAGCGGACCGUUGAGGCCGUCGCCAGCAGGGUGGUGCCGAGGCUGCUGGGGGAUGGACACCUUAAAGGCGUAAAGCCCGUGGUUGUGCACGGGGACCUGUGGAGUGGCAACCACGGCGCUGGCAAAUUUGCUGGUAGGGAUGGUGGUGUGGAGGAGGUUGUGUACGACCCGAGCUGCGUUUACGGGCACUCUGAGUUCGAGCUGGGCAUCAUGAAGAUGUUUGGAGGCUUUGGGUCGGAUUUCUGGCAGGAGUACGGGAAGCUCGUGCCAAAGUCUGAACCCGCCGAGGAGUUUGAGGACCGGGUGGCGCUCUAUGAGCUAUACCACCACCUGAAUCAUUUUGCAAUCUUUGGAGGAGGGUAUCGAGGUGGUGCUAUGUCCAUCAUGAAGAAGCUGAUUUCGAAAUAUGGUUGA